GUUGGUCGGUUGUCUUCAAUCGCGUCGCUUGUGCCGGUGUUUAAGUUGUUAAAAUGAACUUUAUUUCUGCGUCGAUAUGGACUUUGGAAAACCACUGUUUUAUUGUGUACACGAUGUUGUUGGUUUCUUUCGUGGUGUUUACAUUGUUUCAUAAGAAGAGGGUUGAGGCUCAGGCGGUGCGGCAUAAUGCCAAAAGAUUGGCGCCAAAUGGAGCGGGGACCGGGAGAGAGCGCGAACGCGACUUUCCCGAGGACGACCCGGACCCGAUCCUAACUUCAGCUAUUCCUGAAGACACACCCCACAUCCCGUACAAGCCGGUCCACCGCUCUGAUGACGAGAUCCUGCAGCGGUCGCGAGAGUAUUACGAGCUGAUGGCCCAGCGGCGGUCCGUGAGGAUGUUCAGCACAGAGCCCGUUCCACAGGAGGUUCUUGAGAACAUCAUUAAGACUGCAGGCACCUCCCCAUCAGGAGCCCACACCGAACCCUGGACAUUCGUGGUCGUCCGAGACCCAGAAGUGAAGGAAGCCAUCCGCGAAAUCGUAGAGGAAGAAGAAGACCUAAACUACCGACAGAGGAUGUCCAAGCAAUGGACUACAGACUUGAAGCCUUUCCGGACGAAGGCUGAAAAGCCUUAUUUGUCUGAUGCUCCUGCGUUGCUGCUGGUGUUUCGGCAGACGUACUCUUGGAAAGAGGAUAAUACCAAGAGGAUGCAUUAUUAUAGUGAGAUCAGUGUGGCGAUUGCUGCUGGGAUUCUAUUGGCUGCGAUACAGUACUGCGGCCUAGUAGCUCUAACUUCCACUCCUCUCAACUGCAACGCGCGCCUCAAAGCGCUGCUGUGCAGGCCGGGCAAUGAGCGACUGGAACUGUUGCUGCCGGUCGGCAGACCUCACGAGGGUGCCACUGUGCCGGACCUGCAGCGAAAGACCCUGGAACAGAUCAUGGUCAAGAUCUGACUAGUCAUCAACUUUAAAUGGCUAAAAAAGUCUUAAAAGAAGCCCGCAGCACCAAGAUCUCUGGUUUAAAAUGAGGUCCAGAUUGUAAGAAAUCCUCAAUUCAAGCCUGAUUGCCACCGUUAUAGUCCUAAAAAUUCUGCUUAAGAAAUUUUUGAUUGAUCAUUGUGAAAUGUAAAAACCAAUAUUAUCACACCAAAAGCUUUAAGAUCUCACGAGUGACUUAUUUAAUGCCAAGAACCCUUGAAAGAAUCACAAUAGCGCCAAGAACUCUUGGCAUAAACUAUCAGUUACCAUCAUAUGU